AAUGAGUACAUGAGGCUUCUUAUUUGUUAUCUUCCCCCUAAAUAUUUGAAGGUAAAUUCGAAUAAAAUUCUAUUUGCGUCUUUGUAAUCCAAUCCCUAACAAUUAUAAUCAGUCAAGUUCACAAAAUCCAGCAGUCAUUACACCUGCUUCGCAAUGCAACUUCGUCGCUAUAUGUUUCACUAGUGUUGGAGCAGAAUAUAUAUUAUAUUACCAAGGGCAAAGAACCAUUUUCAAUUUAGCUGUUGCUACGGUGUUCUGCACUCACCCAAUCGUCCGGAAUUUCCCGUUGAGCCAGGGAAUUCCAGUGGGUGGUAUAGGAGUGAAGGCUGGAGUUAGGGUUUGAUGUGGAAAACGGCUGGAAUUUGAAACCCUAUGGUUCAGGCGAUGGAUGAGGAGGAGAGCAAAAUGGGUCUGAAAAGAAAGUCUAAACAUGUUGGAACCUCGGUUGAUUCAGGGGAUGAUGAGCCUAUUGGGGCACUGUUAAAGCUCAAGGGCAAAAAGAAUUCCAAGAGAAAUAGGGUGGUGGCAGAUGGUGGCGGACGAAAACUUAAAGAGGGUGGGAAGAUGGUUGCUGAGGAUGACGAAUUAGGUGGUAUGAAUGACACAUUGGCGAACUUUCGGAAAAAGUUGAGGGGGCCAAAAAAGGAGGUUGGAUCUGCAAUAGCGGCUGUGAAAGACUUGAGCAGCAAUGUGUCGGAGCCGCUGUGCCAGUCUCUUGAUGAGUCUGUGAAGGGCUGCGGAUUAGAUUUGAAUUUGACUUCUGAGGCAAAGAGAAGAUGUCUGGGGAGCAAUGAAGGCGAAUCUUCUGGGAAUGCAAUGGUUAUGGAGAGUACAAAGAGGAAGGCUAAAAUGAAAAAUAAAAGAUCCAAGGUCAAUUUAGAUGGAAAGAUAUUUGAAAAUUCUGAAUCUAAAGAUUUGGGUUACAAUACAUCUAGGAAUGAUGCAUUGCAGCACGGGAAGGAGGUUACUUCUGAGUCAGAGGGAGAAGCUUUGGAGGAUUCUCUGUCUGCCUUCUUUCAGAAGGUGCAGUCAGGGAUGACUGCAAAGUCUCGUAAUCCUUCUAGAUUGAAGCCGGUAAAGGUGUCAGAUGAUGGGACAUAUUCUGGUGUUGGCUCAGACGCUCUUGUUGACAAAUCUCUUUCUACUUCAAAAUUAGUCCAGGAAAUCCUUAUCCCCGAUGACAAUUGUUGUGCAGCAAUUGUUCAAGGUUCCUUAAAACCAACCUUGAUCGAGAAGAGUUUAUAUGAUUGUUUACCUGAAGAUUUGAACUGUACCCUGGGGAAUCCUGCUGAUUCAAAGCAAGGACUUAUUUCUAUUACACCAGGUUCCAAUCACAUAUGGAGAUCCACUGACUUUAAGGACAAUUCAUCUACUAAUGUUAUCCCAAAGAACUCAGCUUUUGUAACCAGUGUCCAAACUUGUGCUUCAAGCUUGAGGACCGAAUUUGGAGAUGAUAUGACAAAAUCUGAGUCCAUUGAGGAGCAGCCUGUGUUGGGCAAUGUGCCUCCUGAUUCAAUCAAUUUUCUUGAUAGAAAAAAUGAUGUAGCUUGUUGUGCAGAAGCUGAGGAUUUGGGCGUGUCAACAUCCUUGUGUGAAGGCACAUCUAGAACUAAUGGGGAUGUCAAACAAGAUAGGGUGCUUGAUAAUGGUUUGUUUCCAUCAUAUUCUGGGCAAUUGCAGCUCGACUCAUUGCCAUCUACGUUUGAGAAGCCACCGAAGGAACGUCAUUCUGGAGAUCAUGAUGGCCCAUUUACAGUCCUAGGUAAGUGCUUUGAAGAAGUAGACCUUCAACCUUUGUUUUCACAAGGCGAAGAUGAUCAGGUAUCAGAAUGUAGGUCAUCGCCGGUAUCAGCUAGCGAAAACCAAAAAUAUGAAGUGGUUUUCCGGAAGCGUAAGGAUGACUGCGGGGAAGCUGUUAUUGAAUCAGAACACACUUUAGAACAUUCUCAUGUUCUGCUUGAAGGUGAACGCGGGCCAAACUGUGAUGAUCCUUGUGCGGGUGAAGAGAUCAAUGGAACCUCUUACUCAUCUAUUAUGCUGGAUCAUCAGGGAAAUUAUGCCAAAGAUAGUACAUGCCUAGCUGAUCCUGAAACUAAGGAUAGUACUUUAUCUGUUGGUCAGCGAGCUGCCCGGAAUGCCAAAAAACAAAGGCACGGUGACAUGGCUUACGAGGGUGAUAUUGACUGGGAUAUUUUGAUUCAAAGUCAAGAGUUGUUUGGAAGCCACCGUGUAGAUAAAACAAGAGAAAAGCUCAAUCCAUUAUCAACUGCUAUAGAUGCUGAAAGUGGAAAAGCAGCAGCUGUUGCCGCGGGGCUUAAAGCUCGUGCAGUAGGUCCCCUUGAGAAAAUCAAAUUCAAGGAAGUAUUGAAACGUAAAGGUGGACUUCAGGAGUACUUGGAGUGCAGGAACCACAUAUUAAGUGUUUGGAACAAAGAUGUCAGCCGGGUUUUGCCGCUGGCAGACUUUGGGGUGUCUGAUGCUCCUUUGGUUGCUGAAAGCCCACGUGCCUCUCUAAUUAGAGAUAUCUUUAUCUUUCUUGAUCAAUGUGGUUAUAUAAAUUUUGGAUUGACUUCUGAAAAGGCAAAGUCAGCAAACUGCAUCAAGCACGACCUGAAAGUUCGGGAUGAGGAGGAGUUUGGAGAAAAUGCCGAGCUGCGUCUGCCUGAUUCAGAUGAAGGAGUUUCCUUUAUUCUCGGGAAGGAAAAAAGUCGAGAGACCUGCAUUGAGGGAAAUAAUGAGGAUGCAUCUGGUGAUGGAAACCUGGCAGGCAAAACAUCAGAAUAUGGACUUGCCAAUAUGGAGGCCUUAGAAUCAUCUGCCCCACGUAUUCCGGAACAAAGUCUGCAAGAUGAUAGUCCAGGAACCAAUGCUCUUGAUCCUAAACCUUCCGAUGAAGCUGCUAAUUCAGAAUAUAUGGGUCUGCCAUGCAAAGACGAGGAUGGGGGAAAAGUUCCUCCUGUCCAUCCUGAUUUACUUUUUGCUGGUGAAUCGGGAUCUACUAUACCUAUAAAGCUCCCGAAAGGCGGGUCUGCCAGUUCUUGUGAUUCCUUUAAUAUUGCAUAUAGCCAUAGAUGUAAUAAUUCAGGACCAAAAAAGAAUGUAAUAGUUGUAGGAGCUGGUCCUGCUGGCUUAACUGCAGCGCGCCACUUGCAGCGCCAAGGUUUUAUUGUUACAGUCCUUGAGGCUAGGAGCAGGAUAGGGGGUCGUGUUUUUACUGACCAUGCAUCUUUAAGUGUCCCUGUAGAUCUUGGAGCUAGCAUCAUUACAGGUGUAGAAGCCGAUGUAACCUCAGAAAGAAGACCUGAUCCUUCUUCCUUGAUUUGUGCUCAGUUGGGACUUGAGUUGACGGUAUUGAACAGUGACUGUCCCCUAUAUGAUACUGUGACUGGUGAGAAAGUUCCUGCAGAUCUUGAUGAAGCAUUGGAAGCAGAGUAUAAUAGCCUACUCGAUGACAUGGAACUGCUGGCUGCUGAAAAGGGUGAACGUGCCAUGAAGAUGUCUCUUGAGGAAGGCUUAGAAUAUGGCCUCAAGAGUCGUCGUAUGGCUCAUCAUGAACAAGAUCGCACAGAACUGAGACCCAUUAAAUCUCAAGAUAACUCUGUGGCUGCUGAAAGGAUUUCCACAGAUGAUGAGAAUCCCAAUUCUCAGGUUUCUAAACUAGAGGGCGUCAAUCCUCUUGAAAGGAGAGUCAUGGAUUGGCAUUUCGCUCACUUGGAGUAUGGUUGUGCUGCUUUGCUUAAAGAAGUUUCACUUCCAAACUGGAAUCAAGAUGAUGUAUAUGGAGGGUUUGGCGGAGCUCAUUGUAUGAUAAAAGGAGGUUACAGCACUAUUGUUGAAUCUCUUGCUGAAGGAAUUCAUAUUCACUUGGACCAUGUUGUUACGGAUAUUUCAUAUAUCCCGAAGGACUGUCAGACAAAUAAUGAACUGUGCAAAAGAGUUAAAGUUUCUACAUCAAAUGGGAAUGAAUUUUCAGGAGAUGCAAUCCUGGUCACUGUACCACUUGGAUGUCUGAAAGCAGAAACAAUCAAAUUCUCACCACCUUUGCCUCAUUGGAAAUACUUAUCUAUAAAGAGGCUUGGAUUUGGCGUCCUAAAUAAGGUGGUCAUGGAAUUUCCUGAAGUAUUUUGGGAUGACAGUAUUGACUACUUUGGUGCCACUGCUGAAGUUACAGAUCAACGAGGCAGAUGCUUUAUGUUCUGGAAUGUCAAGAAAACAGUUGGAGCACCUGUUCUUAUAGCCUUGCUUGUUGGUAAGGCUGCUGUUGAUGGCCAGAAUAUUAAUGCUUCCGAUCAUGUUGGUCAUGCCUUGAGUGUUCUCCGGAAAUUAUUUGGGGAAGAUAAAGUUCCAGAUCCAGUUGCAUCUGUAGUAACUGACUGGGGAAGAGAUCCUUACAGCUAUGGUGCUUAUUCCUAUGUUGCCGUGGGUUCAUCUGGAGAAGACUAUGAUAUUUUGGGCAGGCCAGUAGAUAAUUGUUUAUUUUUUGCUGGUGAAGCAACAUGCAAGGAGCAUCCUGACACUGUUGGUGGUGCAAUGAUGAGUGGGCUUCGAGAGGCUGUACGAAUAAUAGAUAUAUUGAAUACAGGAACUGAUUACACAGCAGAAGUGGAGGCCAUGGAGGCUGCAAGAAGACACUCGGAUAUUGGAAGGAGCGAAAUAAAGGACAUUGUCAGGCGGCUAGAGGCUUUAGAUUUCUCUAUUUCAUCGUAUAAGGAUUCUUUGGAUGAGUCUGAGAUUUCAACUUGGGGCUCAAUACUGAAGGAUAUGUUUUUCACUGCAAGAACUACAGCUGGGAGAUUACGUCUCGCUAAAGAGUUGUUAAAACUUCCUGUUGGCUUUUUGAAGACCUUCGCUAGCACUAAAGGAGGGCUCAGCACCCUUAACUCAUGGAUUCUGGAUUCAAUGGGAAAGGACGGAACCCAACUCUUGCGCCAUUGUGUCCGUCUACUUGUACUUGUUUCAAAUGAUUUGCUUGCUGUCCGUUUGUCAGGUAUUGGAAAAACUGUGAAAGAGAAAGUUUGCGUACAUACCAGUCGUGAUAUACGCGCCAUAGCUAGCCAGCUUGUGAGUGUGUGGGUUGAACUUUUCCGUAAGGAGAAGGCUUCUAAAGGACUAAAAUUACUUAGGCAGUCGACCCUGGAUUCAAAGAGCAAAUCUCCUGUUGUUUCUGGAAAGCCACCACUCCGCAUACAUCAUGCGGAGAGCAAGGGUGCCGGAUUCCAGUUCCCUUCCACCAUAAACACCAAGACACUGAUUGAUGAGCCUGUUCAACAAGGAAUGAGAAUUAACCCAAAGUCAGAAGCUCAGCUCUCAAAUUCUAAUGGUUCAAGCAGAAAUAUCAUGGAGGACGAGGACCGUGAUGUUCUAAUGUCUGAAGAAGAAAAGGCUGCCUUUGCUGCAGCAGAAGCUGCUCGUGCUGCAGCAAUUGCUGCUGCUAAGGCAUUUGCUGCUUCUGGUGCAAAGCAUAAUGCAUCACUACAGGCCCCCAAGAUUCUCUCGUUUCACAAAUUUGCUAUGCGUGAGCAGCAUGGUAAUAUGGAUGAGUGUGACAGUAGAAAGAAUUGGUCUGGUGCUGCCAUAGGAAGACAAGAUUGCUUAUCUGAAAUAGAUUCUAGGAACUGUAGGGUGAGAGACUGGUCAGUUGAUUUCUCUGCUACUGGCGUCAACCUUGAGAGUUCAAAAAUGUCGGUUGACAAUCGUUCACAUCGGAGCCACUCUAAUGAAAUUCCUAAUCAGUUGAACAUCAGAGAGCACUCUGGGGAAAGUGUAGCUGUAGAUAGCAGCAUACUGACAAAAGCAUGGGUGGAUAAUGCCGGUAGCAUAGGGAUUAAAGAUUACAGUGCUAUUGAAAGAUGGCAAUGCCAGGCAGCAGCUGCUAGUUCGGGCUUCUCUCAUGGGACAAUGCACAUAACAGAUGAGGAGGAUUCAAACAUGAGUUCAAAGUUGCAUAAGUGGAAACAUGAUGGGCCGGCAAAUGAGAGUUCUGCCUCUCAAGUUACAAUAAGCAAAGAAUCCAAAGGUAACCAGCCUAGAGGAGCAGAGCGUAUAAAGCAGUCAGUUGUGGAUUAUGUGGCUUCGUUGCUCAUGCCCCUUUAUAAAGCUAGGAAAAUUGAUAGAGAAGGUUACAAGUCCAUAAUGAAGAAAACGGCAACCAAGGUCAUGGAACAGACUACUGAUGCUGAAAAAGCAAUGGCUGUUUUUGAAUUUCUUGAUUUCAAACGUAAAAAUAAGAUUCGUGCAUUCGUGGACAUGCUGAUUGAAAGGCACAUGACAAUGAAGCCAGGUGCAAAGUCGGGAUCUUAUGACAAAGAUUAAUUGGUGCACCCAUAUACAGGAUUGAGAAGCUGUGUGACUAUUUAAAUCAUGGUUCAAGCAGUCUCUUACAGCUUCUGAUUAAUCCCAAAAAUGAAGCUCCACUGAUAGAUGGUACUUGUGCUUGCAUCUGUCCUGAAUGUACAAAGCUUGGGAAAUAGCUAUUAUUGUUUGUCCAAAUACAACCAUAUCAUGACGACUUAGCGAAGCCCUCAAAAGUUUGGACGGGUGUCAUCUGGAUCUUAUAUACAAUUUUUCACAUCCAAUUGGAAAGUGUUCUAUUGACGUGGAAUUGCUUUUUUGGAAUUUGUUUCUGAUUAUUUUAACUUGUAUUUUGAGGUAGAAGCUGGAGACCCCUAACCUCUUUCUUCAGGCUUAGAAGAGAAAUGAAUUGUUUUGUGACUUAUGAGAUGUGUACAGCUUAGAAUUAUUUUAUGGAAACAAAUAUACAGAAUUCUGUCA